CAGUCACCGCCAUUCCUCCCUUCCGUACUUACCUCCGUAUCAUUAAAAUUGGGUUGCCAAUCUCCAUAUUUUGUAGUAAUUAAUAAAUAAUCUUGAAUAUAUUUGAAAUAAUCUUAAAAUAACUCAAAAUCACAGUCGAAUAAAUUUAUUUAUAAAUAGGUAAACAAUUUUUAAUAAUUGGAUUUUUGUAUUGAGCUUUUACAUUAUGAAAUAUUCGAACUAAAACAUAAAUGUGUAAAAAAUCGUGUAUACAAAUAAAACAAUGACAACAUUGGUGAAAUGAAAACAACUGAUUUCUGCGUUCCAACUACGGGCACAACUCUUGACAAAUUCGGUUUGAUACGGGCGAUAAGUACGGAACGAUGGAAUGUCGGUAACUGUUUGGGCUAUUAACUCGACUGUCAUGGAAAUAGACAUGGCGCACUCGUUGCAUUUGCUUGACGUUUCAGCUGCUUCCUGCCAUCUGUCUUUUUCAGCUUAAACUCGGUCGCUUAACAAAGGGCAAAAUGUCGCUUGUGAUACCUGAUAAGUUCCAGCACAUUCUUCGUAUUAUGAAUACGAACAUCGAUGGCAAACGUAAAGUUGGUAUUGCCAUGACCGCUAUCAAGGGUGUGGGUCGCCGUUACUCCAACAUUGUUUUGAAGAAGGCCGAUGUCGAUCUAACCAAACGCGCUGGUGAAUGCACUGAGGAGGAGGUUGACAAGAUUGUCACCAUCAUUUCCAACCCUCUGCAAUACAAAGUGCCCAACUGGUUCCUUAACAGACAAAAGGAUAUCAUUGAUGGCAAAUACACCCAAUUGACAUCAUCUUAUUUGGAUUCGAAAUUGCGUGAAGAUUUGGAACGUUUGAAGAAAAUCCGCUCUCAUCGUGGUCUUCGUCACUACUGGGGUCUGCGUGUGCGUGGUCAGCACACCAAGACAACCGGUCGUCGCGGUCGCACUGUCGGUGUGUCGAAGAAGAAGUAAACAAUUCUUCAUUUGCCAAUUGGUUUAUUUUGUUUUAAAUUUCCUCCCGGCUCAUGCGUAUUCUUUCUUGAAUAUGAAUGUGCUUAAAAGUGAAACUGAAAAUAUAAUUUUUGAUAUGAAUUCAGUAACGUAAACAGAUAAUUAAAUGUGAAUUAUUUAAACCAA